AUGGCGAAGGCCGGGCACGCCUGGAGCCGCGCGGCGGCACAGCAGGACGAGGCCGAGGAGGGCGAGGAUCCCCUGGAUGCCAUGAUCGCGCGGACCGGCUGCCUGGAGCAGCACCGGCAGCUGCAGGAGUGCAUGGCGGAGCGGCAGGACUGGCGGCACUGCCAGGAACAGGUCCGCGCCUUCGGAGCCUGCAUGGCCCGGCGGCAGCAGCAGCAGCAGCAGCGAGGGCCGAGCCCAGCCCAGCCCACGGACUGACACCGCCCGGACUGCUCCCCUGUUGGGUUUAUUUCUAUACGACUGCUCGUGGAAUUGUUGGGAAAUUAAAUCUGGAAUUUGUCAUCCCUCGGCUUCAUCUGUGCCACUGGGAUAACUUCAAGUUGGAGGGGGUGGCUGGUUUGGAGGGUACGGCGUCAAGCUGUGCCACGGUAGGUUCAGGUUGGACACCAGGAAGAAUGUCUUAAUGGCAAGGGGUUUUAAGCAUUGGGAGGGACUGCCUAGGGAGUCCCCAUCCCUGGAGGUUCCAAGAACUGGACAUGGCACUCAGUCCUCUAGGCUGGUGACAAAGUGGGGAUUGGGCACAGCUUGGAUUCAAUGAUUUCAGAGGUCUUUGCCAACCAAAAUGAUUCUGUGCUUGUGGAUAUCCAGCCCAAAAUGUCCCAAAUCCAGGAACACACACAGCACUCAGGCUGGGUCUUACCUCCAGAACAGCCCUGCUAUGGAUUUUUACUCCGUGUCCUCUGUGCCAUCCUAAGGCUUUUUCCAGCAGUGCUUAUCUCCUGUCCUACAGGAUGGGAUUUAUCUCCUGGGAAGCCACAGAAAAAUUAGAUAUGGGAGAAAAAGGGAGUCUCAUCUGACCAUCAUGUGCUGGUAAAUAAGCCUUGAGAAAGAUAAUAAAAUUUUUUUUUGCAUGGCUUUUGCCAGAAA